AUGUUGCUGCCAUCUGAGCAAAUCUAUGUCCUCCCAAAUUCUCAACAACCAACUGGCGUGCACUUUAGUCAAAGUCAACAGACCACAUCCGGUUCUUCCAACAGAGCUUACAUCCCUCAAUCCGCACCAUUACAACAUAGUCUAACCAAACGUAUUGCUUCCGCUUCCGCCAAUGAAGUCUAUAUACCCCAAUCCACACGAUUACAACAUUGUCAAACCCAACCAAAUACAUCAACUGCUUCCAACAGAGGGGUCAUCCCUCGUACAGCUACAACUCCCAGCGGGUAUCGUGAAACCUCGACAUCAAAGCAGCCGACUUACACCCCACUUGGAACUCACCACUCCCCAGAAGCACAGCCAACUCCUCAACAGGGACACCCACAACGGAACCCAGCCCCAGCCCCCACACCCCUCCCUCCAGUCAAGCCUGUGAAGAAACCGCGUAAGAAAACUGUACGUCAGUAUGCAGAGGCCAAUCCCAAUCCCAACCCAGCACCGGCAGCCACCAGCACUCCACAAACUCCAGCAGCAUCAAACGUUGCUACUCCUGCCCCAGAUCCCACUACACGCGAAUCUGUUACCCGAUUUUUGGCUGUGCCAAACUCAAACACUGUGCCAUCUGUGCGAGUGCCCCCAACACUCGAGUCAUACGCUUCUAAAACCAUCGACGAACUUCGGGCUAUUGCACUUGCAAAAUCUAAAAAGGUGAUGACUCGAGAUGAUGAAUUAUACUUCUUCCAAUACCAUGAGCUACAAAAGACCGAACUCACCCUGGCAGCGAUUAACCGUGGUGUAUCAAUGAGUAUGGUAGAAAAUCUGAUGGGCAGGAAACAGGCUAUGAGGGAAGCCUCGGGAUGGAACAACUUUCAGACAAAGCAUAAACACUUAUUUGAAGGGAAAGGAAAGGGUGUAAAGGGCUCUGGUGCCAUGUCGCUUCUGUCGACAAAGUGGCAGGGCUUAACACCCGAAGAACGUGCAGCCUACCAGACCAAAAAUCUCCCUGGCAUUGUCGAAGAGGAUGAGACGAUCAUGGAUUCUUCAACUGACGUGCCUGAUCUUGCAAUGGUCACCGGCCUCAGAGCACACUCUAAAUCACUCAAGAUAGCUGAGAAACGAGUUGACGACUUCAUGAAGGAGUGGAACAAAAAGGCAGUUCACAUUGCGGCCAGCAACCACUGUGAACUGGUCAUGUUUGCGGUUUCAAAUCACCUUCACAGUCACAAUUUCCAGCUGGCACACUCAACACCGGGGGCGGCCGAUUUUGUCAAGCAAAUAUACGAAGCAGACGGUAUUCGAAACUACCAAAGCCGAAUCCAGUCUUAUUGUACUGGUGCUGAGAUUAACUCAAUUAGUGCUGCAGUUACAAAAAAAAAUAACAAAAAAGGAAUGAAUGAUAGUGCAGUCGCUCAAGCCCGAGCCAAGCUAGCCGAUUUUGUUUCACGUGAGACUGGUGGUAGGAAGACUUCUUGGUCUUGGCAAGGUUGUGAUAAAGCACUAGGUCGACUUGGAUACAAGCUUAUCUUCUUACCGGGGGCCCUGUCAAACCCAGAUUGGAUCAAAAGCCCAAGUAGUCGAUUCCUCAAUAACGAAGCGAAGCUAAUAAUGGAUGACAUAGACCAAGACCUCAUUCGAAUUGUGAAAGACAAGGAUGCCUUGAUGGGCCAUAUUCGUCAACCAACCGGACCGGUAAAAAGGAAGACGUUGCAUGUUUCAACAGGUCCAGAUAACGAAGGAAACAACGAAAACCGUACUAAUUCGCUUCCAACUCCAUCCACAACCAAAAAACAAAAGCGGGUGAACACAAGACCUAGGAAGACCGCUCCCCCAAAAAAUGGGAACCGACGACGCAAACGAUACCCAAGCCUCACACCCGCUGAGCGAGCACUCGACUCCAGUAGUGGCUCUGAUUCCCCUCUCCAGCGUCCAGGAGGCUUUGAAUUACCAGAACACAGCCUCGGUGAUACCGACAUUGACAGCGACCAAGAGGAAGUUCCCCCACAUCGAGGCAAACAAGGGCCAACUGUCACUCAUUCCAACACCAAUUUCGAUGAUGAAGACGAGCCAGCUGUCCCCAGACGUAGACGGGUUGUUGUAGAUACUAAUGAAGGCCAGGAUCAUAUCGGAGAACACCAGAGUCUCUCAAACCCCGCUCCUCGUCAAAACAACAUUCAUCAAUCAAACAGGGCAGCAGCUUGCGCCAGCCUCUACCUCCGGGCCUGCAGUUAA